AUGAAGAACGGUGGCGUUGUAGUUUCAUUCCGUGGCGUUCGAGUCUACACCCGAUCAGGUGUGGGCAUGCCAGGGUCAGAAACAGCCCUCGACGAGCUCAUGUGUCCCAUACUCGGUGAUUGCCUAGAAGAUGGAAUCGCUGGAAAGCGUGCCGACGACUUGUACUGCGGAACUGCUCAUCAACUGGAAGAGGAUCCUAGAUGGCCUACAAAAGUGCAAUAUCAAGCUUUCUCCAUCUAUAACCAUUAUUUGGCACACAGGGAUGCCUAUCGCAUGCAAGCACACACAGAAUUGCUACAAGGUCAUCGUGUCCGCCUCCCGAUACG